AUGUCAGAUAUCGAUGAUUUUGAGUCAGAUGGUGAGGGUGGAAAAAUUUACAAAAAGUUUGUUAUUGACCAUAAAAAAAGAAAACAACACCAGUUAAAAACAAAAUUAAAUAAUAAUAAUAAUAAUAAUAAUAAUAAUAAUAAUAAUAAUAAUAAUAAUAAUAAUAAUAAUAUUAAUAACAAUUCAUCAUCUUUAAAAGCCAAACAAUUAAAAUCUACGAUUACCACAACUACAACAACAACAUCAAAAAAAAAGCAGCGACCAAUUAUCUCACUCGAGAGUGAUAGUGAUGAAACAGAAGAUGAAAUUGGCUAUAUAAAAAAAAAAACCACCACAACCACUUUAAAACCCAAAUACCCAACAACAACCACUUCAACAUCAACAUCAACAAGUAAUAGACCUAAAAAUGACCUAAUAUUUGAUGAUGAGGUUGAUGAAGAUAAUAAUAAUAAUAAUAAUUUAGAUGAAGAUAGGCCAAUUUUCAAACCCAAUAAAAAGAAAAGAGCAUCUAUUAAUGAUGAAAUUGAAAAUGAUGAUAAUGAUGAAGAUAAUAGUACUGUUAGCAAUUAUGAUAAAUAUAAAACAUUUGAUGAAUUGGAUGGAAAUGACAAAUUCAAUAAUAAUAAUAAUAGUAAUAAACCAACAAAAAAGAAAACAACAACAACAACAACAACAACAAAUAAAAUUGAUAAAUUUGAUAGUAAUACAAUUGAUAAAAUUAAACAAUCACUUCAUUAUUCAGUAAUUAAAGUAUCAGAAGAACAAGCAAAUAAAUUUAAUGUUGGUAUUACAAAGGAAACAAUGUCAUCUUUGUCGGAAUUAAUUUUCAACGUUACAAAAGAUUUAGUUUCAAAAGAUUUAGUUUCGUUCGCUCAACAUGCAAAAAGACCAACAAAGAUAACUGUCGAUGAUGUUAAACUUUUAGCUCGUAGAAAUGAUUCCCUUUUAAAUUCUUUACUUUUAAAAGAAACUGAAAGAGAAAGAGAAUUAGAACUACAAGAAGUAGUAAAUAAAUCAAGUAAAAAGAAAGACAAUAAUAAUAAUAUUAUUCAAUUUGAUGAUUAA